AAAACCCGUUCCCACCCUUAGAAGUACAGAAAAAAAUGGACAAAGCCUUUGAGAUCCAGAAGGCCUGCCGGGAUAACGUAAAAAAUCUUCAAACAUACCUCACAGACCUUAAGAACUGGGAGGCUGAAAUGAAACGUAAAGAGGCCGCUUUGAACGGCGAAUUUGAGCAGGACUUACCCCCAGUGAGGAGCAAGGCGAGGAAAGAGAAACCGAUUGUUGAAAUUAAACAGAAAGUGGAAAAACGUAUUCCCUCGUCUGACUACAAAGCUUGGGAUAAUUUUGAUGUUGACAAGGCGUGCGAGGAAGUAGACAUGGAAGAUGUGGGCCCCACGUCCCUGGACAGCAAGAAAAGCCAGCCGGCCAAGAUGGACAAGCUGCGGCAGGAAGCCCAUCAUGAGAAAGAGAGAGGCAACAGUUUCGUAAAGAUGGAGAAAUGGGAUGAGGCCAUUGCGUGCUACAAUCGCGCCAUAGAACUUGUGAAGGAUGAUGCCAUAUACUAUGCUAACAGAGGGCUGUGCUAUCUCAAGAAAGACAGUCUCCACCAAGCGGAGGCGGACUGCAGCGCGGCGCUCCGCCUCGACCCGAGCUACGUGAAGGCCUACCAGCGCCGCGCCACCGCCCGGGAGCGCCUCGGCUCCCUCCGGGCUGCCUCGCAGGACCUUAAUGAGGUCCUCAAGCUGGAACCUCACAACUCACAGGCUAGGAAGCAGAGGGAUGACCUUAUGAACAGAAUGGGAACUAAAGGGGAGGCAGCUGAAGAACUCAUGGUUGAGCUGAAAUCAAAGUCAUCCCCCAACUCCACUCCGACAAGUGAAACCAAACCUUUCCCGAAGACCGGGCAGGCGAAGAUCAUAGAACUUCAAGACGAACCAGUGAAAGAAAUCAAACCACCCAGCGAGCUGGAGAGGUGGAGGGACGGAGUCGGAGAGGGCAUCACUGUCAUCAAACCUGUCAAGAAACCGCCACAUUUGAGAUCUAAGAGGGCCCUAAAAUCCAUCCCAAUCCACGAGAUCCCCCUCGGCAAGACGGAACCCGAGAAGCCUGCGACCAGACUCCAGAUCGUCGAGCUGGAGGACCCCCGGGCCCGCGGGGACUCCAACAACAACGACGACGACGUGAAGGAGACACGGCAUAUGGACAGCGCGGGGGAUAUGAGGACCUCUGAAGUCAUGAACCAAGAAAUAACCAGUCCAGCAUCGCUGAAGCUGCGAGCAGACCUGACUGAGCAGGAAAGUCUGAAAAAAAACAUGGUGCCUCCGACCAAUAGUGUCCAGUUCAUGCAAGAGUGGAAGAUGCUCAGGGGCAACGACCGGGCCAAGUCGGAUUAUUUGAGUAUCAUAGACCCAUCCAAGAUCCCAUCGAUAUUCGACAACGCCUUAGAAAGCCCCGUGCUGUCGGAGUUCCUGCAGCUGCUGCACGGCGCCGCCGAGAAGUACGCGCAGCACUCCGUCGCCGCCUACCUGCGCGGCCUGGCCCGGGUCAAGAGGUUCUCCGCGCUGGCCAUGUUCCUAUCCAACAAGGACAAGGACACGCUCAGCAAACUCCUCGACCACUGUUAUACUGUUGAGCAUUGCUCAGACGACGACAUCGCAGAUCUGAAGAACAAAUAUGAACUUUAAGUCAAUAAACAUAAGGCCUUAGGUAGAUUGUAUUCAAUUUUAGUCCCAAUAAAUUAAUACUUUCGCUGCUAAGAUAGCUCUGUUUAUACAUGGUGGUUAUUUAGACACCUGUAAUAAUUUAUGGGCGAAUAUUUUUUUUUAUUUUGAUGAAUAGGUCAAUAUAGGUCAUAUUGAGCUACUUUUACUAUGGGACCAUCCCCGAAAAUUUACGCUCCCAUAGAAAAUGUCAAGUUCAGACCGCCGAAAUGUAUGAAACCGCUAAUUUUAUUUUCGCGAUUUCGGUGUUGGUUCGGUGUAUGGCUUAUACACCCGCUCGAGUGACUCGAAAGAUUUUAAGGGUGUAUUCCUGAACACAUUUAGAGACAAUAUCUUCAUACAAAGUUUUCUGAAAUCGGCCUUGUUUUAGAGAUAAUGACAAUUCUUAUAAAAAAUUGUUCCCGUUAUAACUCAGUGAAAAACGCCUAUUUAGCUGUGUCGACUCUAUGUGACUUGGUUUAGACAUUGGGACAGACAUUAAAGUCUUAAAAUAAACUCGAUUUUUUUUAUCUGUAAUUAAAAAAAUACUUUAAUUAUUCGUUGUAAUAUUUUUUAACACAAAGUUGUAAAAAUGAAUAACGUAUCGUGAGCAGAGAACGCAAAAAAAAAUUUCGGCAAACAAUUUUUUUUUGUCGAAUUUCGCCAAAACUCAUAUAACAUUUUUUACUCCUUAUGACCUAAGGAAUGCGUGGUUGAAAUCUUUCGGGUUAUUAACGUCCAUGGUGUAUAUUCACUCUGUAGAUUAUUGCAGGUGCCUAAAUAAACACCCUGUAUAUCCUAGAUAUUAAAAUAACAGUUCGAUUGCCCAAUCAAAAAGUCAAAUGUAAAAAUAUGAGUGCACACAUCUUACUCAAAAAUAUGUCCCAUCUUAUUCCAGUGUAAUAAGAACGUAGUACCAUAUUUAUGAGACGAUUCUCUCGAUACAUAUUUUUGCAGCUGACUGUACGAAAAAGACAGAUCGGUUAGACAAAACGGGGAAACGAAAGAGCCGUUAUAAUAUCCAGAAUAUAAAGACAAGGUUUAGAAAAUAUGAUUUUUAGCAGAAAAUUAGCUUUUGUCAUGUUUACAAAUAUUUUGACAGUUAACAUUUGUGUAUUGCCCGAGAGUUCUAAGUUCACACAUUUGACACAUGUCAACACCCGUAGAACGUAAACGCGCAUGACCCAUUGAAAUUAUAAAUAAAAUCCCGUGAUAAUAUUACGGUUUGUCAAAUACUUAAAUAUUUAUUUACAGUACAUAUGGUGCUACUUUACCGCACUAGUGCGAAAAUUAGCAUAUUACGUUACUGUGUCGAACAUUUAAAUGGCCAUAUUUACUGUAAAACGUACGAUACAAGUGCGAAUAGGUAAUUUGUAAUACCGUAAAACCACCCAACUAUAGUCCAAUACUGCAACUAUGGUCCACAAGUUCAAAAGGAAAUUAAGUAUCUAUACCAAUGUUCCUUGUGGUUUACUCCUAGUUUUACCUUCCAUUUAUAAACAUACUUUGCCUUAGAACUACAAAAAUAUAGUAAAAUACACACCUGAACGAGAAAAAUUGAGUUUAUUUGUGGACCAUAGUUGGGAGCUUUGGACUAUAGUUGGGUGGUUUUACGGUAGUGGUUUACUACUAACCGUUGUAUGGAGUGCGCACUCUUGGUCUUCUUAAUUCUCUUUGCCAUGGGCAACAGUAACUUCUUACUAUCAGACGAUUCGAAUGCUUGUUAGCAUCCGAUAUUAAAAUCCGCCAUUUUUCAUACCCAAAAACGUCACUCAUACGCCAACAUCAUUACUUAACACAUUCACUGCCAGACAAAAAACGGCGCACUACCCCAGAAACCGGUGGCCUAUAGCUGCGUACAAAACAACCCGCCCAGCGGGUUGUCCGACAUCUGAACAAAGUUCACGAGCGCCCACCAGGUGGGUUCCCGGCAGUGAAUGUGUUAAGCCAAAUGUUUAAAGUGUCCGAUAUUAUUAUCUCACUGGCCCUAGUCAAAGGCUUUCGAGUGUGAUAAACAGUGAUCGGAACUAUGGGAGUAAAACUAACAAAACUUGUUAAGCGGACAUAAAAUAGUACUUACAGCCAUAAAAAUAUUUACAUUCAUAGAUAUUCGAAUAUUUUUAAAGCUAUAAGCACUCUUUUUACGUCCGCUUGAUAAGUUUUGUUAAAGUUUUACUCCCAUAGUUCCGAUCACUGGUGAUAAAAAAUGACUGGGAAUGUGUAACGUAGACACCAGGUGAAAAACCAAUAUUAGGUAUGUGAAUAAGUCAUAUUAUUAUAAUUGUACAAUACCUGGAACGAUUCAAUUUCUUACAGAAUUUAAAGCCCAUAUAGACGGUACAUGUACUUGCAUGCGAUUUCAUUACAUUGGUUAAAUUCCGCAGCAAGCCAAAAUUUACCUUCCCAUACAAAUAUAGUUUCGUUCUCAUUUUAAAACUAGAGUUGGAUUGUAAUGAAACUUCGCACAUACAUUGACAUGAGGUAUAUGUUCCUAUAAAGCCUGUAAUUCGUUUAUAUAGCUCCAGCUUAUAAAACAAACAGGUUUUGCAUGCGAGUUCUAUAACAGUCUAAAUGCGACAUUGACAUAAUAUCUAAGGACGGGCCUUACGGGCACUAAGGGCUCCUCUACACGAUGGCCCAGCGUAGGCCAGUCCUAGGGACGCAUUUAUGCCUUAGAGGUAGCAAGUGAUAUUGCUAUCUCAUUUCACCGCAUAGCUGCGUCCCUUAGACUGGCCUACGCUGGGCCAUCGUGCCCUAAGAAUGGUGCUACUUCAGCGGUGUCACUCACGAAUUCGAACCAAUCGUGCAGUGUAACGCAACUAGUUGCGACCAAUCGCGUGAUGCGAAAUCAUCAACCAAUCACGUUGUGGCGUUAGACUGCACGAUUGGCCCGAAUUCGUGUGCGUGACACCGCUGUCACAGAAUAAAUAAAUAAUAGUACAGAAAUAACACUUCCUACAAAACCGAAGUUUGACAGCGAUUCAGGGACGAAUCUUGCUGUCCCUUUCUAAUGUAUGGCACUAUCCCUUUCGGCAAUUAGGGUUGUCAAAAUUCAAGUCAUUAAUUUGUCUGUGGUCGUGCACGCAUAGGGACGUCAAGUUGUGCCAACCCUAAUAUUGCUCGGAGCAAUGCCGAGCCAAGAAUGGCCGAAAGCAGGAGUGGUCGCCCCACUGCCGCUGUACGGGUCCCUUAUUGCCCGUAAGGCCCGUCCUUAGAUAUAUGUCAAUGAAAUGAGACCUUUAAGUUGCACAAUGAACUUUUCUGAGUAUAGAAAUUUUAUUUGUUUGUAUAUUAUUGUUAACAUUCUAAAUCGGUUUGAUAAACGAUAAAACAUUUUUUUUUUUGCCUAUGAUAAUUAAAUUAAUUAAUUUUGGUUAUGUUUUCAAAUUAUAGGUCUCAAGAUUGAUUUUAUUUAUCACACUUAAAUUUAAUUGAUAGCUGUCAUUAUUUUCUCUUUCAAUUGGUGCUUAAGUAUUUGUGUUUAGGUUGAAUUAAACGGAAUGAUUCUUUAAUAA